UACAUACUUGACUCGCAAAUCACUAUCAUCCUUGAGCGAUUUACAUUUACUUGACAUGACAUAUACUUUGAAUAUUUGAGCUGUUCUUCGAUGCGACAUCAACAUAAUGUCGAACGUUAUAGAGCCAACCGGAUAAAGGAAAGCGGUCCAGUAAACAGAACCUACCCACGUCGAUUACGGAAGUACACGAUAGAUCCCGUACACUCAAACCAGGUAUCCUGGCCACAGUAUAUCUAUCACUCUUUGGCGCUGUCUGACAAGGGUUCUUUUUAUGCACAAGGGUUCGAUGAUAAUGGGCGGUGUGUGUUGGUGAUAUAUAUCUGGACUUUAACAACAGAAAUAUGAAAGAACACGUGGUGUGGCUUCUCCUCGUGACGGCUCCACUUCUCUCAGAAAGCAACAGCAAAAUCUUUAGAGAUGAUAUACUUCAUAGAGAUUUCCAAAACUCAAACAUGGAGUUCACCUUGGAGAUUUACAAGCGUUUAACUAAAAUGUCCACUGAUGGAAAUCUGUUUUGCUCACCUUUCUCCAUCUCUGCGGCCAUGUCCAUGGUGUAUCUAGGUGCCAGAGAGCAGACAGCAGCCCAAAUGGUUUCACCUCUUAGUAUCCAAUCUUUAGGUCAGCGAGUGCACGAAGCCUAUGAAGACUACUUGAAGGUUAUGGCCAAAAACGAAAACGUCACACUUAGGAUUGCCAACAGAUUGUAUCCAAACAGCAAGGCAGAAAUCGUACCGUCUUUCAUUGAACUUUGUGCAAAACACUACCAAACCGAUAUAAAGUCCACGGACUAUGAGCAUUUUGAAACUGCAAGGAAAGAAAUCAACGAAUGGGUAAGCCAGCAAACAGCAGAGAAAAUAAAAGACGUCCUACCUCAGGGAUCUUUGAAUCCAUUGACCAUAAUGGUGUUAGUAAAUGCUAUCUACUUUAAAGGGGACUGGGAGACACAGUUCGACGACAAUGGUACCAGAGAUAUGACCUUUCAUACCCUCAAAGGUCAACACAGGACUGUAAAAAUGAUGUUUAAAAAAGAAAGAAAGUUACCGUUAAAACAUGACGACGAAUUAAAGUGUGAGGUUUUGGAAUUGCCCUAUAAAGGGAAAAGCUUAUCAAUGGUCAUCAUUUUACCAGAUGAUAAAGAUGGAUUAUCUGCCCUUGAAGAGAAGUUAACUCCAUCCAAACUUCACAGCCUGAUGAAAGACAUGCCACCUACAAAAGUGGUAGUGUUUCUUCCCAAAUUUAAAGUUAAAUCUGGAUUUGAGCUUUCAACACUAUUUGAACAAAUGGGAAUGACCGAUCUUUUCGAAGAAUUAAAAGCCGACCUGUCUGGUAUAGACGAAUCCAGGAUGACGUUUGUGUCGGCCAUCUUUCAUCAGGCCUUUGUAGAUGUCAACGAGCAAGGAACAGAGGCAGCUGCUGUUACUCUCGCUGUCGCCGUAAUAGUGUCAGUUCCAUUACAGUUCAAGGCCGAUCACCCAUUUAUGUUUGUAAUAAGAGACAAUAGGUCGGAUACAAUUCUGUUUAUUGGAAGGUUCGUCGAUGUUGUUUCGUCACAAGAAAAGGAUGAAUUAUAGGAAAACAAGCUAUUGAAAAGAAAAGAAACCAGGGGCUUUUUAUACACCCUAUUCAAAUGUAGUUCUUUAAGUUUUAAAUGGUAUCUAAAAAAUGACCCUUUUUAUUUCAAAGGAUAAAGUGUUACUGGUUGUUCAAUUUCAAUUGAUUGCAGUAAUAGAUUCCUCACAGUAUGAUUAUAAACUGAUAAUGUCACGGUAUGAGCCCCUAUGAAUAUUAACAAUACUGUCAAAAUUGCUUCCCUAAUCGGGUAUUGUCAUUCCUAUAAUUAUCUUUCCUAAUAUGACUGUUUGCAGAUUUCUUACCCAUUCAUUGUUGAAUUGAUGGUGCAUCAUGUCGUUUAUCGAUGUUUAGACGUAAAAUAAUAAGAAAACCAUAACAAAACAAAACAAAUGUUACAAAACGAGUCGAUUUUUCAAUUAAUCAAAGAAAACAUGUUCUGAUACAGGUGAAUAAUGAUGAAAGUGUUAGAAAAGGGAACAGAGAGUCAGUUAUUACAAUUAGCUGGAUGAUACAAGAGUGAGUGUCAUUGCAGGCCAGCUGUGUGACUCAGAAAAUGGCCGGGUUGGUAGCAAAUUAUGUAGACUAUUAAGGUAAGAGAUUUAGAGAUAAUGAUCGAAAAUAACUAGUGUCAUGGGAAUACACUCGUAUGCGUGGUCCGGGUGUGCCAUAUGAUAAAACUUGGUAUGGUAGUGUUAUAACAGUCAGUUCUAGUAUAUACGUUAGAGAGACAACAUGUGAGUUGUAAUACAGGAGUGAAGGUAAUGUGAUGGUACAUAUGUAAACAGAUGUAAAUAAACUAUAAAUAG